AUUGUUGUCUCACUUCCUGUUGUUGGGUUCCGUUUUGACUUUUUGGCAGUUUCUCAGAUUCGUCCUCUUUUGCCUAAAAAAAAAACACCCUCCUCCUUUUUGGAUUUAGCACUUGAUCACGACAACAACAAACAUGUCGGAACCGCUGUUGCACAUCAACGACGACGGAUCGUCCAUUGACACGUCCGAUCAGGGCAUUGAGCUCUCGUCGCUGGCCACAAAGCCCGCCGUGCCUGCGAUGGCUCCUGACUGGACGGAGGCCGCGCCCAAGAUGGCUGCGUACACUGCAUCGUCGCACGGCCGUGUUGAGCUGCCUGCCUUCCUCGACUUUGAGACCAACCGCGCUGCCGCUUCGCAAGCCGCGGCGGCUGUGCUGGCCGACGCCACCGAGGUCAGCCUGCUCGAUGCCAACCAGGACGAUGUCAACAACUCGUCGGAAACGUUUGCCAAGACCACCCGACUCUUGAUUGCCCAGAACAUGGCCUCGCUCACCGCCCCGCCGCCCGCCAUCAGCGACGAGGACGACGACAAGAACCGCAAGUACGGCACCAUCGACGGUGUCUUCAUCCGUGUCGUCGUCUCCAUCUUUGGUGUCAUGAUGUUCUUGCGCAUGGGCUGGAUGGUCGCCAACGCCGGCUUUUUCCUCUCGGUCGCCAUCAUUUUCAUGUCCUGCUACAUUACCGUCACCACCACGUUCUCCAUCACUGCGCUCUGCACAAACGGCAAGGUGCUCGGUGGUGGUCCAUAUUAUAUAGUCUCACGCUCUGUCGGUAUCGAGUUUGGUACCACCAUCGGCAUCCUGAUUUCCUUUGCCAUGAUGAUUGCCAUUGCGCUCAACACGGUCGGUUUUGCUGAAGAAGUCGUCAAGCUGUACUCGCCUCCCAUCACGGGCGCUCGCGAGUGGGACACUGUCCUCGUUGCGCUUGCUGCCAACGGCCUCAUUUUCGCCGUUGCUCUCGGCGGUGUCGGCUGGGUCAACAACAUUAAUUUUGCCCUCUUCAUGUGCAUCAUGGGUGGCUUUACCGCCUUCCUCAUCGGCACCUGCUACCGUCCCUACAACUUUUUCGAGGGCUACACUGGCUACUCGUCCGAAACGCUGAACGGCAACCUGGUCCCCAACUGGUCGGACGACGUUGACUUUUUCGUCGUCAUUGGUGUCUUCUUCCCCUCCGUCACGGGUAUUCUCGGUGGCGUUGCGCUCUCUGGUGAGCUCAAGGAUCCCGGCCGUAACAUUUCUAUGGGCACGCUCUCGGCCAUUGUUUUCACUGGCAUUGUCUACAUUAUGAUUCUCUUGCUCAACGCUGCCACCGGCACGGCUGUCGCCCUCAAGGACUUUAAGACGCGCUCGUUCAUGGUCGACGUUGCCUUCUGGCCGCCGCUCGUGUACGCUGGUAUUUUCUCGGCCACGCUUUCCACUGCGCUCGGUCUGCUCAUCUCGGCACCGCGUGUCUUUGCUGCCACCCUCAAGGACGGCCUCUUCCCCAAGCUCGAGUUCUUUGCCGCCCUGACCAAGUCUGGCGAUCCUCAGCGCGGCUACAUUCUCUCCAUUCUUGUUGCGUCGGCCGUCAUUGUUGCCUCUGGCGGUCAGCUCAACCUCAUCGCCCCCGCCGUCACCGUCAUGUACACUGCCAUUUACGGCAUCAUCAACUAUGCCUGCUUUGUUGCUUCGAUUGGUCGCUCGCCCGGCUGGCGCCCCCAGUUCAAGCUGUACAACAAGUGGCACGCGCUGUCGGGUGUCUUUGGCUGCGUUCUCUUCAUGUUCCUGACCAACUGGUACGCCGCCAUUGGUGUCUCGGUGUUUGCCUUCCUCAUUUACAAGUACGCCGAGUUCCGCAAGUCGUCCCUCAACCUUGGUGAUGCCCACGAGUCCUUUGCCUACGUUUCGACCAUGCGCUCGCUCUGGUCGCUCGAGUCCACCACCCGUCUUCACAUCAAGAACUACCGCCCGUCCUUCCUCGUUCUUGCCAACCUCUGCCAGGAUCCCAGCAGCAUGCUCAAGAUGGCCGCCUCCUUUUACAAGGCCCGCGGUGUCAUUGUUCAAGGCACCGUCGUUCCCGGCACCUUCACCGCCGCCAAGCUCCAUGAGGUGCGCCAGCUUCCCACCUCGUCCACCGUGACCAACCGCUCCAAGGCCUUCCACAACAACAUUCUUGCGUCCACCGCACGCGAGGGUAUGCUCUCGCUCAUGCAAAACUCUGGUCUCGGCAAGGUCCGCACCAACAUUAACGUGGUCGAGUUCCUCGAAGAGUGGCGUCAAAUCUCCCCCUUGCUCCUGGCCGACUGGUUUGAGAUUGUCAAGGACAGCAUGCGUCUCGAAAUGGGCACCAUGGUCAUUCGUGGCAGCUCUCGCAUCAUGUCCGACUUUGACGCCACCAAGCGCUUCAACGGCAACGUGGACGUCUUCUGGCUGGCCGACGAAGGCGGUCUCAACCUUUUGCUGCCCUACCUGCUCAUGCGCAACUUCCAGUGGCACGACAUCAAGCUGCGCGUCUGGAUUCCCGAGGGCGAGAACGCUGGCAACACGCGCGCCGAACUCAUGCGCAUCCUUCGCGCGUUCCGGAUAAACGCGCAGGCCGACGUUCUGCGUCGCGGCAUCUUGCCAUCGCCUUCCAGCAGUACUGCAAGCAGCGCUGCAAACAGCUCGAGCAACCUGAUGGCCAUGGGCUCGUCCUUCUCCGCCCCCAAGCCGGCGUCCACGCAUACCCAUUUCACACCCGAAACGGAGGUGGCGCACUACUUCCUGUCCUAUGCUCCGCACAUGGAGGCGAUUGCCCGAGACUCCACCAUGGUCUUCACCACCCUGCCCUUGCCCUUCCCCGAAACGACCGUCAGUGAAUACUUGCAGUGGCUCGAGGAGCUCGCUUCCCACGGGCGGCCAACUGUUUUCAUUCGCGGCUCUCACCACAACGUGAUGACACCAUUCCUUUAAAAAAACAGCGCCUUCUGCUGUUGGACUUGGACU